CGUAACGCAACAUCUUAACGACUGAAGCAGGAUGCAUUAUUAAAUAUAGACGGGAGGGUUUUUCUUUCUUUCUUUCACACUGAGCCAAAGCGCCUGAGAGGGUGAAGAGUUAACGUUAUAGCGCUGCGCGUUGCUUUAACAGAUCCACUGCUCACUACACAACUACCACUCCAGUAUGAAGCUCAGACCAACUCUGCGAUCUUCAUCUUACUUGCUGUAGGAUGCAUCAAGAAAACCUGUAUCCUUUACACGUGAGCUGACUUUUAUUCCGAGACUGGACACAUAUAUUCCAGCAGUGGAAGAUGAAGAAAAUUAGUCAAGACACCUGACAUAACGCGACAUGGACGUCAUCUGGAGCUCGUCAAGUGUGUGUGUGAGCAUGAUCUUGUUGGCGAAACCUAUAAAGUUGACGGACUUGCUUUAAAUUUGGUUAAUUGCGCCAAUAUUCGGGAAACAUGGAGCGGAUGAAGAAGCGCGCCUGAAGCUAUUUGGAGUCUGCGAGAUCUACAAGAAGAAACAGAGGCACCGACGGGAAAUAUGGCUCGCCUCUUCGUUCUGCUCAACUCUGUCGCACUGUUGCUUUUUGGCACUGACAUGUUUUUGGUUGGAGCAAACCGCCCACCCGCUCCAGUCAACGUGUCUGUCAUGAAUCUGAGGGCUGAUUCAGCCACAGUGACCUGGGAGGUUCCAGAGGGGGACAUCAUUAUUGGCUUCUCAGUCCUACAGCAGAAGCAGGAUGGCCACAUGCAGCGGUUCAUCCGGGAGGUAAACACCACCAGCAGAGCCUGUGUGCUUUGGGACCUGGAGGAGGAGACGGACUACAUAGUCCAGGUCCAGUCUAUCGGCCUGUAUGGGGAAAGUCAGGCCAGCAAGCGUGUCCACUUCAAAACCCUCAAGAAAUCAGACCGCUUCCCUUCUAACAGCUCAAACCAAGACGAUCCCACUGUCGAAGGUCUAGACAAGUCGAGAAACCUGCAAACAGGAGAGAUGAUCAUCAUUGUGGUGGUGCUGCUUAUGUGGGCAGCGGUCAUCGCACUCUUCUGCCGGCAGUAUGACAUCAUCAAGGACAACGAUAACAGUAACAGCAAAGAGAAGGUGAAGCCUUUGUCUGAGAGGAGCACACCAGAGCACCACAGUGGAGGACUGCUCAGGAGCAAGUUCCAUCAGUCCGUGCCAUCUAUCAACAUCAUAGAGGUCUAAUGGGACGAGUGAAGAUGUCUGCUCUUCUAACUGUCAACAUGAUGCUACAUUGCUGUAAACCUUCUCCACCACAGAGUCAGGAUGCCAUUCGCGAGGAACCAUUAAUCACACUGGCUGCCAAUGAAGCUAGAACUUCUCAUCCCAUAACUAUGAGUGCGCACGCCGAACAUUUCAAAAGCAAUCCAUUCCUGUAGGGCAAUUAUACGUAAGGUGAAGUACAGCUGUAUUAAGGGAGCUCAUUCCCACUGGUUUCAUGUUCAUUCAGUGUGAUCGCAGUGCACACUUUUCAUUCUGGGAUCAUGAGACUACACUGGAUUGUAUUUUUGAUGUGGUCCUGUGAAAGGCUACUGUAGCAGAACAGGGGUUUAUGGUUCCAGCUGUGGUGUGUGUGUGUGUGUGUGUGUGUGUGCUGUCACAACCUCUGAAACUGUUGAAUGAAGCCAAGUGUGCAUUCGGGGACAUAAUACAAGUACCCUUUUCUGUCGUUGUGGCCAAAAAUACAGAAGCUCAAAGGGAGGCUCAGCACAUGCUUCUGUGAUAAGUUUUCUUACAGAGUAGAAAGAAUAGAAGGCCGUGUCACUGUUGGAUAUAUGAUGAAUGCACCAGAACUGAUUACAACUUGAAAAAAAAAAGCUUUGUUUGCACUUUAUGUAUGUAUGAAUAGUUUGGGUAACAUUGAACAUAAAAGACACCCAUAAUAAGCAUCAUUUUAGCGUUUAGUUAACAUACCAUAAACAUAGCAUUACACCAUAAGCUAAUGUUAAAUAUGUAAUUAAUGCCUUUUUAAAAACAUAUAUAUAUAUAAAGCUGAAUUCAGUUGACUACUUUUAGUAUAAUGCUGUAAUGUUGAUUAAUUUAUGGUCAUUUUGUGGAUUUAUUUGAUUAUUUUCUUAGUCCUUAUUAGAAUAAAGCAGGUGUAUUUAGUUAAAAACAAAAAUCACACACUUUAUUUUAAGGAGCACAGAUUAUAGGUUAAUUAUGGGCGUGUUCUUUGCUCAGUAAAGAUUUGGAGGAAACCCCAAAUCAGACACUUGUUGGUUUAUUUACUAAAAAUUAGACUUUAUUCAUUGAUUUAACACCUAUAUUAGUUUUUAAUUGGUGAGCUGUUAUGUAAAAAAAAAAAUCUAAUAAAUGCAUUAUUAGUUGUGAUCAUGUGCAACAAAUGCAUUGUUAA